GUCCCACAAUCCAAGAUGGCGGGCUCCAGGCGAAGGGGUUCCCCGGCCAGAGCUUGGCCGCUUUUCUGCGCCUUGCUGCUGACGAUCAGUGGCUUCGUCGGAAGCGACGGCGUGGGAGGGGACCCUGCGGCCGCCGGCGCCGGAGGCACCCCGGCCACGCUGCCACAUCGCCGUUUCGAGUACAAAUACAGCUUCAAGGGCCCGCACCUGGUGCAGAGCGACGGGACCGUGCCCUUCUGGGCCCACGCGGGGAAUGCCAUUCCAAGUUCAGAUCAAAUUCGAAUAGCACCAUCUUUAAAAAGCCAAAGAGGAUCAGUAUGGACGAAGACAAAAGCUUCCUUUGAGAACUGGGAAGUGGAAGUGACUUUUCGAGUGACUGGAAGAGGUCGAAUUGGAGCUGAUGGCCUGGCAAUUUGGUAUACAGAAAAUCAAGGCUUGGAGGGGCCUGUGUUUGGAUCAGCUGAUAUGUGGAAUGGUGUCGGAAUAUUUUUUGAUUCUUUUGACAAUGAUGGAAAGAAAAAUAAUCCUGCUAUAGUAAUUAUAGGCAACAAUGGACAAAUCCAUUACGACCAUCAAAAUGAUGGUGCUAAUCAAGCUUUAGCAAGUUGCCAGAGGGACUUUCGUAAUAAACCCUAUCCUGUCCGAGUAAAGAUCAUAUAUUACCAAAAAACACUGACGGUAAUGAUCAAUAAUGGCUUUACACCAGAUAAAAAUGAUUAUGAAUUUUGUGCCAAAGUGGAAAACAUGAUCAUCCCUGCACAAGGGCAUUUUGGAAUAUCUGCUGCAACAGGAGGUCUGGCAGAUGACCAUGAUGUUCUUUCCUUUCUGACUUUCCAGCUGACUGAGCCUGGAAAAGAACCACCUACACCAGACAAAGAAAUUUCAGAAAAAGAGAAAGAAAAGUAUCAGGAAGAAUUUGAACACUUUCAGCAAGAAUUGGAUAAGAAAAAGGAAGAAUUCCAGAAGGACCACCCUGACAUACAGGGACAACCCACAGAAGAAAUCUUUGAGACUGUUGGGGAUCGUGAGCUGCGCCAAAUCUUUGAAGGACAGAAUCGCAUUCAUCUUGAAAUCAAGCAGCUCAACCGACAGUUAGAUAUGAUUCUUGAUGAGCAGAGAAGGUACGUCUCCUCCUUGACAGAGGAGCUCUCCAAGCGCGGAACCAGAGACCCGGGGCAGCCUGGACAGAUCUCUCAACAAGAAGUGGAUACAGUAGUGAAAACUCAACAUGAGAUUCUGAGACAAGUAAAUGAAAUGAAGAAUUCCAUGAGUGAAACCGUCAGACUGGUCAGCGGGAUUCAACAUCCUGGUCCUGUAGGCAUUUAUGAGACCACACAGCACUUCAACGACAUCAAAGAGCACCUUCACAUAGUGAAGAGGGACAUAGACAACCUCGCCCAGCGCAACAUGCCAUCAAAUGAAAAACCAAAGUGCCCAGAAUUACCACCAUUUCCAUCAUGCUUAUCAACAGUGCACUUCAUUAUAUUUGUAGUGGUGCAAACGGUGUUAUUCAUUGGUUACAUCAUGUAUAGGACUCAGCAAGAAGCAGCUGCCAAGAAGUUCUUUUGACCCCAUUCUGAUGUGUCCGUCAUGUAUGUAUGUACAAAAGGUUGUCUUUUUGAGAGGAUUUAAGUAUUUAAACUGCUUCAUAGUCUAAAUUACUAAAUUUUGUAAAAAGUAACUAUUUAAACAUUGAUUUGCAGAAAGAAUAAAUCUUUGAACAAAGA